AUGACUUCUGCAUUUCUUCAGAAUGAAGAAGCACAGUAUUGCUUUGAGAAUAUUAAUGGAUCUUGCUAUAAAACGUCAUUGUCUUCUGGAAUCCGGAUAACUUUGUAUGUUGUGCUUGGUUUGCUGACAAUUCUUACACUAGGUGGAAACCUAAUGGUAAUGAUUUCAAUUGCUUAUUUCAAACAGCUUCACUCUCCUACAAAUAUUUUGCUCGCCUCCUUGGCAUGUGCUGAUUUUUGUUUGGGUCUGACUGUGCUGCCCUUCAGCAGUAUAAGAUCUGUUGAAACGUGCUGGUAUUUUGGGGAAACAUUCUGUAGAUUCCACAGUUCUUUAGAACUAUCUUUUUGUUAUUCAUCAAUAUUUCACUUGUGCUUUAUCUCUGUUGAUCGCUACGUUGCUGUUACUGAUCCUUUAAUUUACCCUCUCAAGUGUACAGUGCCAGUUUCAGGCAUGUUCAUAGCUGUUGCCUGGACAUUUUCAAUACUAUACAGUUUUUCUGUUGUCUUCACUGGGGCUAAUGACAAAGGGAUACACGAAUUAGUAAAUGCCCUCUCAUGUGUAGGGAGCUGUCAGAUUCUUUUCAACAAAACAUGGGUGAUUUUAUCCACUCUCCUUUAUCUAAUACCUUUUUUAACAACUAUAGCACUUUACAGCAAGAUCUUUGCUGUGGCUAAACAACAAGCUAGAAUGAUAGAGAUGAUGAGCAACAACACCCAGUCGUCUGACACUUACAGUGACAGAGUUAGCAGAAGAGAGAGGAAAGCUGCUAAAACCACUGGUAUUGCUGUGAUUGCUUUUGUGAUAUUCUGGUCACCUUAUUCUAUAAUUGUAAUAACUGAUGCUUUUUUUAACUUCUUAACACCACCCCUUGUCUUUGACAUUGUGGUUUGGUUCACUUAUUCCAACUCUGCCAUUAAUCCUUUGAUUUACUCUCUCUUUUAUCCUUGGUUUCGAAGAGCAAUGAAAGUGAUUGUGAGCUGUAAAAUACUCCGGCUUAAUUGUUCAACAAUGAAUUUAUUUCCAAACUGA